AUGAAAACUCUUCAUCAUAGUAACAUAGUAGAGUUGCUUCAGAUUAUUGACAGCAACCACAAAACCUACCUUGUAAUGGAAUAUGCAGCCCGUGGAUCCCUGCAGAAACACAUCAACAAGUGUGGGCAUCUACAGGAGGAAGAGGCACAUACCAUAUUCACAGAACUGUCUUUGGCCGUCAACUAUAUCCAUGAUCGGAAUAUUGUCCACCAAGACAUCAAAGCCAAGAAUGUCCUAUUGGAUUGGGAGGGGCAUGUGAAACUAACUGACUUUGGGUUAGGCAAAAAACUGGCCUCAGGGGAAGUGCUUCAGGGGUUCUGUGGUACAGCACAAUAUUGUGCUCCUGAAGUAUUCCAACAUGAUCCCUACGAGGGCCUUCCAAUAGAUAUUUGGAGCAUCGGGGUGCUCUUGUACUUUAGUUGUCAGCCAACUUCCAUUUAAAGAGACAGUGCACUCCAAGAUGAAGUACCUGAUCCUAUCCCAGAACUACUGGAUCCCAUAUCGCCUCUCCCCAGACCUUCAAGACCUAUUGAAGAGAUUAAUGACAGUAGACCCCACAUCAAGACCAUCCAUCAAAGAAAUAUUAGCACACCCAUGGCUGCACCAUGA